AUGGCUGAAGUUUUGAAGCAUCGAUUUCGAUGGUUCAUUUUGGCCAUUGGAAUGGUUUGUUUUAUGUCGUUGGCUUCUAAUGCGUCUGUGUUCAAUAUGGUAGUGGUCUGUAUGGCUUCUGAUUCCAAUACUACGGUGAGUUGAAGUUUGAUUGCCAUCCUUCGGUAAUUCAUUGAAAAUGUUAGCUUUUAAGCGUAAAUUACAAAAAAAUUUAAUAACGAAAAAAAUAAAAAUUUUGUAACGAGAAGGUUAGUGCCGUUUUUGAAAGCCUGAUUUGAAACUGAAGCCUACUUUGAAAUGGCAGCGAAUAAAUGCUUCGAAUGAUCGGUCUUUAGUUCGGUUUGCGUCAUAACUCUACCGUGUUCAUGGGAUGAGUACACAUUUGAGCGAGAAAGCAGGUCUCAGUCUGAUAUGCCUGACCGUAAUGCAAGCAAACUUAAUACUUUUUAAAUUACUUCUCUCCACCGUAGUUGAUUUAGAUAUAUAGUUUCGAUGAUUGAGCUUUAAUCGCCAUUUAAUGCUGCCCUUCGAGUAUUUCCGUUAUGAGCUAAAUAGACAUGGAAAAGCAAUAUUAAAAUUUUAGAUCCUCGAGACGUUCCCGUCCCUCGAUUACACUCAAUACGAGAUCACCCAAACCAAUUGGGCCUUAGGGCUUGGCACAGCGUUAGCGACAAUUCCGUUCAGCGAAGUUUAUUCUCGAUAUGGAGCUAAAUAUCCUUUUUUUGGUGCUUGUAUUUUGUCAGCGCUGGCUACUGCGUUACUUCCAUUUGGCGCUGAGAAUAACUUUGUGUGGCUUCUUCUUUGUAGAGUUUGUCAGGUAAGUUAAUUAAGAAUAGGACGUAUCUUUUUGUACAGGGUGCGGCAAUUUUUCGGCCGGAUUUUAAUUGGCCAUAACUUUUUUAGUUUUUGGGCAAAUGUUAAAAUUCUUUUUUCCCUGAAUCCAUAGACAACCCCAUUUUGUUUAAUACCAAAUAUGUUAUACCCGUUCAUUAGACUACAGUAAAAAUUCGAGAUAAAGAAAAAGCUCUAAUUUUCAUAGCUGACAAUGGAAUUACCCCUAGUGCGACUCUCAGAUUUUCUUUAAAUUUUGCACAUGGGCCGGAAAUAGGCCACACAGCAAUUCCUGAAAGUUACAGCCCGCACCCUUCAGGGGCGACCAAGAUAUUCAACGAUUCUUUGCGUUCAGGAGGGCACAUGAGUGGUCACACAGAAAAACUUUUUGGCUAUAUCUUCGCUAGUUUUGUGCGGAGAUAGCUGAUUUUUUGUGGAAAAGGUAUUCUCCAUGGCAUGAACAGGCAUGAAACUUUUUACGACAAAAUUCGUAAAAAAAGUCAUUUUUUUCUGGCGAUUUUCACACACGCCGAAAAAGCAGAGAAAACGACCGAAAUGCCAAUAACUAUGAACUGGGUCCUUGUAUAUAUAACAUAUUUGGUAUUAAACAAAAUGGGGUUGUCUGAGGAUUCAGGGGAAAAAAGAAUUUUAACAUUCCGAUAAAAACUAAAAAAGUUAUAGCCGAUUCAAAUCCGGCCGAAAAAUUGCCGCACCCUGUAAUUCGUGUUUUAGGGGAUUGCAUUUGCAGCUGACUUCGCUUCCGUCGGAUUAUUGUGCAGUAAAUGGUCGACGUUGAAGCAGAGCGGGCUUUUCAUUUCUUUGAUCACCAUUUAUGGCCCUCUUUCUGGUGGCUUUACCAAUGUUUUGAGUGGAAUUGUAAGUCUUACACUAACUACUCUGCAAGUAGAUAUUAGGUCUGUGACACCACGUAUGGCUGGCCGAUGGUCUAUCAUCUUCAUGCAGUUGUAGGGAUUGUAGCAGCCCUUUUAUGGCUCGUAUUCUACGAAGAUAACCCGGCGGUUUCCCGGCGUGUUUCGCCCAGAGAAUUGGAAAAAAUUCAGAGAGGAAGGGCCGAAAAAGAACUGGACUUUGGGGAACCGGCACCUUAUAUGGUAAAUUAUCGUAUCUUACAACCUUUAGAGUUACGGUAAUUCCAGUUGCUGCUCAAAGAUCCAAUCAUUUGGUCGAUUUGGUUCAGCGGUGCAAUGGAAGUUUUCUCAACCAAUUUCCUCUCAGUUUACGCUCCUUUGUAUAUUCGAUAUGCCUUGGGAUAUACAGUGGAAUUCACUGGAUAUUACUCUGGGAUCUCAAGGUCGAUGCAAAUUCCAACGAGAUUGUUGGUUGGCUUUUUUGGAGAUGAAGUUGUGUGAGUUUACUCUCGUUGAAAUUUAAAAAUGUUAAUGGAAUUUAACAUCAAAAGCUUUACUUGCAGUUGUUUGUCAGAGAAGUCGCGGGUAAUCAUGUACAACACCAUCGCUCUGAUUGGCGGAGGGAUCUCCAUCUUACUUGUUCCCCUCACUUCCUACACAACUCCAUUUAUGGCGAUUGUUUUCAUCUCCAUGGUGAAUUUGACCACUGGAGUCUGUUCUUGUGGAUACUGGCAAUCAGCCAUCUUGUACUCGAGACAGCACAGUCACUUCGUGAUGGCUGUAAUCCUCUUUUUCAAAUGCGUGAAUCUAUUUCUGGGCCCAUUGCUUGUGGCCAUUCUAGUGCCCACAAUGGAUCACAAAGGCCAGUGGGCCAGCAUCUUUAUUGGAGUCGGCAUUUUGAUGGUCAUUGUAGGCUUGUAAUGCUGGAAAAGGAUAAUUCUAUUUCAGGCUGGACUUGUGUUUGUAAAAUACUCGGAAGUCGAGCCAGCCAAAUAUUUGGAGAAAUCAGAAAAGGUUACUGUGCAAUUCCCAGAAGAAGAUGAUCAAACAGUUAAAGGGGAGCAGUUGAAAGUCAGUUCUGUAUAA